UAGUGGCCAAACCAACAAAAUCAGCAAGGGAUCAAAUACUUGUUUUCCCCACUGUACCAAUCACAGAGCAGCACCGUUUGUGAACUCUUCUGUCAUUGGAUGCUCCUUUAUUGUGGGAGAAAUUGGCGCAGAGCAUACGGACUUGGAGCUGUGGGAGCAGAGGUAGUGAGGAGCAGUAUCGCCGAGAGAAGUAUCGAGGAGGAGCAGAAACAAUUAGCGAUAAGAAGCAGAGAAGAGGAGGAGCAGAAACAAUUAGCGAUAAGAAGCAGAGAAGAGGAGGAACAGGGACGAUGAAGAGUGGGGACAGAGGAGCCGCAGUGUGGAGGAGCAGAGACAAGGAGCGUUUCGGCGUUCCAGCACCCAAGAUGAAUUGGGAUUCAUUGAACUUGCCUGAAGCGUGGCAACGUUUCAAACAGCACGCAGAGCUGAUGUUCUCCGGACCUCUGAGGGAGAAACCGGAACAGAACAAGUGCAGUUACCUUCUCUUAUGUAUCUGGGAGAAAGGGCGGGACGUUUUCAACACAUGGACAUUAACAGAUGACGAUGCAAUGAAACUACAAACAUACUACGGUAAGUACACUGAAUAUCUCACACCAAAGUCUAACCCAAUAUAUGCAAGAUAUCACUUCCAUGAGAAAAUGCAAGGGAAUGGGGAAACUUUUGAACACUUUGUCACUGAACUAAAGCUGUUAGUUAAAGACUGUGGGUAUCCAAAUAGUGACGAGAUGGUGUGAGACCGCAUUGUCCUCGCAACGAAUUCACCGCGAGUGCGGGAAAAGCUGCUUAGCCAUGGCGCAGAGCUAACGCUAGACAAGGCCAUAGACAUCGUGCGCUCUCACGAGCUAGCACAAACCCAGCUCAAGGAGAUGGUGGGAGGCAAGGACCUUAACAUCGACACUGUACAUGCCAUAGGCCCAAGAUCUGAACACAAACGAACACACAAGACUAACAAACACAAACGAACAAACAUGAGUUUCAAAGCUAGGCCAGGAGAGUUAGCCACAGCACACAGAGGCAGUGAAUGUGACCGGUGCAGAGGCCUGCACACCACCAAAGACGGCACCUGCCCAGCCAAAGGCAAGCAAUGUAUGAAAUGUAAGAAAUUAAAUCACUUUGCAAAAGUCUGCAAGUCAAAACAAUAUACACACACAAACACAUAUGCAAGGAAAGCCAUACAUACAGUAGAAGAAGACACUGACAACGAACAAGUAGAAUUAUUUAUUGAUGAACUGAAAACACAGGAAAACAUAACGAACAGGCUUAUGCUGAAAUUGAAGUUGGAACUCGGAAAGUUAAAUUUAAAAUUGACACUGGCACACAGACUAAUGCAAUACCUCUACACAUGUUUGAAAGACUGUUCAGUGAUACUGCUAUAACACCACCUACCCAAAGACUCACCAGCUAUGGGGGAGAGUUCCUCCAAGUGAAGGGCACCUGUCGUUUAAAAUGCAAGUACAAGAACACCUCCAUCACACCUGUGUGGGUGCAAUCAGUUAAUUAUUGAAAUUAAGUGAUCAAUCUCGUUAAAUCAGUCUCAUUAAAUUUUGAAGGUCAAUUAUUAAAAUGAAUCAAUCCCAUUGAAUCAUUUACUUUGACUCGUUUGAAUUGAAUCAUACCAUAGAAUCAGUCUCAUUCAGUGAAUCAUUUAGUGAAUCGUUCAAUGAAUCGUUCAAUGAAUCAUUUAGUGAAUCAUACCAUUAAUCCUGGUGCUUAAUAAUAAAUUACCAAACAGCUAAAUUAUGGUAUAUUUCCAAAUUAUUACAAUCACUUACCACAUUACAUAACUUUUAUCUGCACCCUUUUGAAUUCGAGGGAGAUUGGGGACUUCAUGUAUAUAUUGUUGUUCACCCAAAUAAACACAGUUUGUUUAAUAAAUGAAUUUAUUAUACAAAGAUAAAAAGAAAAAUAAUAAAUCAAUAUAUACAAGCAGUGAGGGGUGUGUGUGUGUGUGUGUGUGUGUGUAGGACUUGACCAUGUGUUUAGCCUCGUGUAGCUAACUACACGUGGUGGAGGCCUAGCUUGUUGGUAGCUAAACAAAAGAAUGUUAUCUAAACAGAACAAAGGAUUAGCUCUGUGUUUAGCCUUGUGUUGCUAGUGUGAGUUUGCUAAAGGCCCUUUGGCCUAGCUAAAGUGUGUUUGUUAGGCCUGGUGAGGCCUACUGAGCACGUGUUGCUAAAGACAAGGGUAUUAGCCGUAGCUAACUAAAAGCUAGCUUGUAGAUUUCUAGCUGAGGUGUGGUUUAUCAGGCCUGAUGGCCUGCUGAGCACAUGGUAGGCCUUGAUUAGCUUUGUGUUGCUAAGCAGACAAAAGGGAAGCUGUAGCUAACCCACUAGCUCAUAACCAUACUGAAUCCACUGAAAUCUUGAGAUCAAGAUGUAUAAUAAUGAAAUUAUAAUGUUAGUAAGAAUAAAAGAGAGAGAAGCAUGCGCAGCCUAUCUAUUAAACAACUGAGAGAACAUAGAACCAAAAUAAAUCAACACGCUGCGUGUCUAACAGUGUAACAGAUAAACCUGGGUUUAAAUUCACACUAUUUCAAAUAAAAGCAAAUUCCUAAGACUAUCCUAAUUAUGCCCAAAUGCCAAAAUCUUACUUAAUCCUGCCUUUAGCAAGAUAUGAAGAACUAUUCGCCGGUGUAGUUUCGGGCCUCGCCGUGGGAGCAUGUGAGCAGCUCGUGAUGGAGGCGCAGAAAACUUUCGGGUCCAGCGGAGCACUUGGGUGGUUCCCGUGGAAAGCAGAGGAUUCUUGGUCCGAACCUCAGCGUUCGUGAGGAAAAGUCUCUGAUCAGAAUAAGAUGCACAGCGCUUUUGAGUUAAAAAGGAUUCAAUCGCUUCUUAACUUUUAACUGCCUGGGCUGCAGUCGUGACGUCACUUCUAAUGCAAGUAAACCGGUUGUAACUCAGGUUGAGUUUAAAGAUCGCGCGACUCUAGAGUUUACCUUUGCCAAGGGUAAGUAAGAAAAUCGCGCUGAGUGAUGGAUCUUGCAAGAAAGAAGACGUCUUUCUGGGUGGAGAGCGCGCCUCUUUAUACAUCCAGAUUCAUCGGAAGCCAGACGUGAGAGACAAAGAUGGAAGCGUUGUCCCAUUGUUUUAUGUUUCCUUGUAUGAUGACGUAGAUGAUCCCGCCCACGCGUGACGUAGGUCACACGGAAGUGGACUGGGAAUUGUAGUUCUGACACAAGAUGGCGGCAUGAUACCUACACCUGACUUCUACAUAGUUGACACCAAAGCACCACCCAUCCUAGGGAUGAGAGCUAGCUUGGACUUAAAACUAAUCAAGGUGAUACUGGCCGUGGGCGAAGAAGAGGUGAAGCCAUGCACAGACAACCUUCUCAAGGAAUAUGCCAGUGUCUUCCAGGGCAUAGGUGAAUUUCCAGGGGACUGCAACCUCCAUGUCGACCCCCAUGCCACACCAGUAGUAUACCCCCCACGGAGAGUACCAAUCGCUCUACGAGAGAGACUGAAACAGGAGCUUGAUAAGAUGGAAGAGAGCAAUGUGAUCUGCAAAGUGACAGAGCCCACGGAGUGGGUUAAUGCCCUCGUGGUCGUAGGAAAGCCCCAGACUGGUAAGCUGAGGGUCUGCCUGGACCCCAGAGCCCUCAACAAAGCAAUCCAAAGGCCCCACUACCCAUUACCAAGGUUGGAGGACGUCACCACGAAGCUCGCUGGAGCGAAGUAUUUCAGCGUCCUCAACGCCAGAUCAGGCUACUGGGCCAUAAAGUUGAGUAAACCUUCUUCCCUGCUAACAACAUUCAACACCCCCUUCGGCAGAUACAGGUUCCUAAGGUUGCCGUUCGGAAUAAAUUCCGCUCAAGACGAAUUCCAGAGAUGUGUUGACGAAACAUACAAAGGCCUCCCAGGCGUAGCCACCAUUGUCAAUGACAUACUGGCUUUUGGUAAAACAAAGCUUGAACAUGACAACAACCUCAGGGCCAUGCUGAGAUGCAUGAGAGAAAGAGGGGUAAGGCUGAACCCUGACAAGUGCCAAAUCUGUGUGCCAGAGGUCAGCUACUUUGGCCAUACACUAUCGUGUGAAGGAGUCAAGCUGGACCCAGCAAAGGUGAAGGCGAUAAGAGAAAUGCAGCCACCCACAAACAGAGGGGAGUUAGAAACCAUCCUUGGAAUGGCCAACUACUUGGCCAGGUUCGCACCACGCCUCUCUGAGGUAAAUGCACCAUUGCGUCAACUGUUAAAGCAGGACAGCGAGUUCCUAUGGGACAAAAACCAUGACAAAACAUUCAUGCAGAUGAAGGAACUAAUAACACAUCACCCCGUGCUAGCGUACUUUGAUCCUCAUAAAGAACUGAGACUCCAGGUAGAUGCUUCAAAAUGUCGCGUCGGUGCGGUCAUGCUCCAAGAGGAAAAGCCCAUAGCCUAUGCUUCCAAGUCACUCAACAGUACCGAAGUGAACUAUGCUCAGAUAGAAAAGGAACUGUAUGCAGUGUUAUUCGGCUGCAAGCGCUUUCAUGAAUAUAUGUAUGGACAGCGGGUGAUUGUAGAGUCUGACCAUAAACCGCUAGAAGCAAUCCUCCAAAAACCACUGGCUGCAGCACCACCGCGGUUAAAGAGGAUGAUAAUACAGCUCCAGAAAUACGACAUCCACAUCACCCACCACCCCGGUAAGGACAUUCCAGUCGCUGACACGUUGUCCCAGAAGUCCAUUGAGCACCACGACCGCAGCCUCAUGGACAGCAUGGAAGCACAGGUACACACACUCAUGAGUACUGUUCCAGUGAGUGACAGCAAGCUACUGGAGAUCAAGGAUGCGACAGCACAGGAUCCACAGCUCACUGCGCUCAAAAAAGCCACACAGAAUGGAUGGCCUGAUGACAGGAAGAAAUGCCUGCCCAGUAUCCAGGAAUAUUGGAAUCACCGAUAUGAGAUUUCUGAGGUGGAAGGCAUACUUUUCAAAGGUGAGAAGAUAAUAGCCCCUCUGAGCCUCAGAGGAAACAUGAUCCAACGCAUACACACAGGACACAUGGGCGUGGAAAAAAGCAAACACAGAACGAGAGACCUCCUGUUCUGGCCUGGGAUGGGCAAACAGAUUGAAACAACAGUGGGACAGUGCAGUAUAUGCCAAGAAAGACGUGGUGCCAACCCUAGAGAACCCCUGCUGUCACACAACAUACCCGAGAGACCAUGGAAAGUAGUAGAUACAGACCUCUUCACAUGGAACACUCAAGCAUUCAUCAUCAUUGUAGAUUAUUACAGUAGAUUCUUCAAAAUGGCGAGGCUUACCAGCUACACCUCAUCUGCGGUAAUCUCCAAACUCAAAUCCGCAUUUGCUCAUCACGGCAUUGCAGAGACAGUCAUCAGUGACAACGGACCGUGCUACAGCUCUGAGGAGUUCCGCCGCUUCGCCAACACGUGGGGUUUCACCCACACCACCACCAGUCCAUGUUACCCCCAGAGCAACGGCCUCGCCAAAAAGACUGUCCAGACGGCAAAGCGCAUGCUGGACAAGGCAAGGCAAGUUUAUUUAUAUAGUGCAUUUCAUACACAGUGGCAGUUCAAUGUGCUUUACAGAGGAAAUGCAAAAGCUGGAAACAGAGACCCCUACCUUGCUCUGCUGGAGUACAGGAACACUCCAGUGGACAACCUCCGAUCACCUGCCCAGCUUCUGAUGAGCUGACGACUAUGCGCCAUACUCCCAGUGACCAGCAGGCAACUGCAGCCACAGGUUGUACCCCGGAAAGCCGUCCAAGAUCGGCGAAAGGCAUGCCAACACCGUCAACAAGUGUACUUCAACAGAGGUACCAAGGCACUGCCUCACUUACCUGUUGGCGCACCUGUCCGCUUCUGUCAGGAUGACGGAUCAUGGAGACCUGCGACAGUAACACAACAUGCACACACACAUAGGACCUACCACGUGCAGACAGGAGAUGGACAGACUCUGCGGCGCAACCGCUGGCACCUCCGUGAAAGCAGAGAUGCCCCAGACACCAGGGACACACAACACACAGACAUAGACACGCAACAUGCAGACAUGCAACACACAGACAUGCACACCAACAACACACAACCCCCACACCCUGCACCUACCAAUCACCUGAGACCCGCAGACCAACAUCACCCUGGUUACACAACAAGGUCUGGCCGCAUUUCCAGGCCAAGGCAAGUUCUCGACCUGUAAUGUAAAGGGUGUAGGCGGAUCACUAUCCAAACAAAAAAAGAAAAAAAAAUCUACUUACCUGUCACUUGAUUCACCUGUUACUUGAAAAUGCGUUAACUUACCUGUUGUUUAUUGUUGUUUGACUUACCUGUUACCUAAAAGAAAAAAAAGAUAAUGAGUUCACUACCUGAGUCCACUUACAUGUGACCUGAAUCUUACAAGAAAUUUACACUUUUCUUCCUACUUAGAAUGCUACUGAAUUCAUUGCGCUUACCUUAUCUCUGCUGCCUGUACUUGUUUACAUUUAGCAAUGACACUAAUGACCAGAGAAUGUACUUUUCAGAUUCCUUACAAGUGCCUUAAGCACACGUUCAUGAAGUUAAUGAAUGGAAUGCAACUUUCUCUUUAGUGCCCCAAGCACAACUGUUGUGUUAACCAAUUGAAUGUCAUAUAUCCUAAGUGUUUUAAACACAAGUGUUCAUCUCAUCUCAUUAUCUCUAGCCGCUUUAUCCUUCUACAGGGUCGCAGGCAAGCUGGAUCCUAUCCCAGCUGACUACGGGUGAAAGGCGGGGUACACCCUGGACAAGUCGCCAGGUCAUCACAGGGCUGACACAUAGACACAGACAACCAUUCACACUCACAUU